CAGGACUUCCGACCCACUUCACAAGCGGUUGUCGGGGAUGUGGUCGCUGCGGCCUCUGCGGUCACCACGCUGGGCGCCUCGAGGACUGGCGUUUUAGAUAUGCUUGCAUGAGAGAAUGAUAUCUUCAGUUUUCCCCCAAGAAAAACUAGUUCGAUGGAACUGUGGCAGAAGUCUUGCUGAAGUACAAAAAGGGAGAAACAAAUGAUUUUGAGUUGUUGAAGAACCAGCUGUCAGAUCCAGACCUAGCACAGCCAUGGAGAUGCUCUGGACGCCCCUGCUGCUGGUGGCCUCUUGUGUCCACACUGUCCACAGCUCACCAGAGGUGGACGCCAGUGUUCCCAGCAUCAACAUAUCCCAGCCCUUGCACAUCCUAGAGGAACGUAACCUGCUGGUGCUAACGCCCGCUGGCCUGACCCAGAUGCUGAACCAGACCCGCUUCCUCAUGGUGCUUUUCCACAACCCAUCCUCAAAGCAAUCCAGGAACAUGGCUGAGGAGCUGGGCAAAGCCGUGGAGAUCAUGGGCAAAGGCAAGAACGGGCUCGGUUUUGGCAAAGUAGACAUCACCAUGGAGAAGGAGCUUCAGCAGGAGUUUGAGGUUAAGAAAGCCCCACAGUUGAAGCUGUUUUUUGAGGGCAACAGGUUGGAGCCCAUCAGCUGCAAAGGAGUGGUUGAAUCUACUGCCUUGGUCGUUUGGUUGAGAAGACAAAUUGGCCAGAAAGCAUUUUUGUUCAACAACAGCCAGCAGGUGGUAGAGUUUGUAAAGUCCAGGCCCUUGGUCAUCAUUGGCUUCUUCCAGGACUUAGAGGAAGAAGUAGCAGAAUUGUUCUAUGACGUGAUCAAGGACUUCCCGGAGCUCACGUUUGGGGUGAUAGCGAUUGGAAACUCCAUUGGGCGUUUCCAUGUCACCCUUGACAGCGUCCUGGUGUUUAAAAAGGGAAAAAUUGUGAAACGCCAGGAGCUGAUUAAUGACAGUACCAACAAGUAUGAUCUCAAUCGAGUCAUAAAACAGCACCUUACAGAUUUCGUGAUUGAAUACAACUCUGAGAAUAAGGAUCUCAUUUAUGAACUGCAUAUUCCGAAUCACAUGCUGCUCUUUGUCUCCAAAAGCUCCGAAUCAUAUGGUCUCAUAAUUCAACAUUAUAAAUUGGCAUCGAAAGAAUUCCAGAACAAGAUCCUUUUCAUCCUUGUGGAUGCAGAUGAACCCAGAAAUCGACGUGUCCUUGGGUACUUCCAGAUCACAGAGGUCAACAUCCCAUCUGUCCAAAUCCUAAACUUAAGCUCCGAUGCCAGGUACAAAAUGCCUUCGGAUGAGAUAACCUACAAAAACCUCAAGAAAUUUGGCCACAGCUUCCUGAGUCACAGUGCCAAGGAACAUCAAUCCAGCGAAGAGAUUCCAAAAUACUGGGAGCAGGGGCUGGUUAAGCAGCUUGUGGGGAAGAACUUCAACGUGGUCGUCUUUGACAAGGAAAGGGACGUAUUUGUCAUGUUCUACGCUCCCUGGUCUGAGAAGUGCACGGCGCUGUUCCCGGUGCUGGAGGAGCUGGGCAGAAAGUAUCAGAACCACUCCACAGUCACCAUCGCCAAGAUCGACAUCACGGCAAACGACAUUCAGCUGAUGUUCCUGGACCGGUACCCAUUCUUCAGGCUUUUUCCCACCGACUCUCAACAAGCUGUACCGUACAAGGGAGAACAUACCAUAAAGGGCUUUUCUGACUUUCUGGAAAGCCAAGUCAAGACCAGGGACACGGAUGAGGGUGAGCUAUUGUCUGUUGAGCAACAUGAAGUGACAGAAGAGGAGGUAUUGGCUGAGGAAGAGGAGGCACCUUUUACAGAGAAAGAGUUACCUCGACAGCGGUUGCCUGAGCUGGAGAACGUGACCCAGCUGGGAGAGUCUGCUGUGCAGAAGGAAACGGCUGAAAAGAAGGUGGUGGUGGCUGAGCCAAAGGGACCUCCCAAACCAGGGAAGAAACCAAAAGUCAAGGAAGAACUUUAGCUUCUCCAAA